CUGUCUCCAACAAAUCUUAUAAUCGUGCUUUGGUGUGGUGGUGUUGAAGGGGUUUUGGCCUAGAGCCGUGGGGAUAAUAAUAGCUCUUCAUAAAAAAGAAAUGGAUUUGGACUACUUCGUAUGGUUCUUUUGAGAGUUAAAUGAGGGGAGGUGUGGCAGUCGACAAACUGUUCAAAACCUAACUUUGCCAAAGAGACUUGGAAAUUGCCCUUCAACUGUUCAUGCAGGUUGAGUUCAGUUUUAUUAAGAAAUGUGGCAGGUCAGGCCUGGUGCCAGCUGCUGAAGUGGUGGGACUAAGGUGGGGCUUGUGCUCCUCAGGUGUUCCAGCAGUCUCAGAGCCCAGAUUUUGUACUAGAAGAGAAAGAAUAUUACCUUCCUUAAUUUUAUCAGUACCACCACCCAGGAUGGGAACAUUUUUGUUGACACAAAUGAGGUCCUUGAAGCUGGUGCGAGCGUCCCUCCAGCGCCAGGGGUUCCACACUGCUGGGAGUACCUUCAAGGGUCGGACUGGUGUGGAGCACCUGUGGCUGACGCGGCACUUGAAGGACCCGUUUGUGAAGGCUGCGAAGGUGGAGAGUUACCGGUGUCGAAGUGCCUUCAAGCUUCUGGAGGUGAACGAGAAGCACCGGAUCCUGCAGCCUGGCUUCCGGGUGUUAGACUGUGGGGCAGCACCGGGGGCGUGGAGCCAGGUGGCAGUGCGGAAAGUCAACGCUGCAGGCACAGAUCCCAGUGCUUCUGUUGGCUUUGUGCUUGGGGUAGAUCUUCUGCACAUAUUUCCCCUGGAAGGAGCAACGUUUCUGUGUCCUGCUGAUAUCACUGACCCGCGAACCUUCCAGAGAGUCCGAGAGCUGCUUCCUGGCGGGAGAGCAGAUGUCAUUCUGAGCGACAUGGCACCCAACGCCUCAGGGAUCCGGGGCCUUGAUCACGACAGGCUCAUCAGCCUGUGUUUGUCGCUUCUGGAUAUGGCUGCGGACGUCCUGCGCCCUGGUGGAACAUUACUCUGUAAAAUGUGGGCUGGCAGUCAGAGCCGUCACUUUCAGGAGAGGCUGGCAGGGGAAUUCCAGUGCGUGAGGACGGUGAAGCCUGAGGCCAGCAGGAAAGAAUCCUCAGAGGUGUACCUCUUGGCCAUGCAAUACCAAAGAGCACAGGGUUCUGGGAAGGACUGAGUUGUUUCUGCCAUUUCAGGUCCCUUUCCACGUAGAGCUGGAGGUCCUUCCUGGGCGUGGCUGCAGAGGUCCCAGCUUGGUCUGGGAGGCAGCAAGCUUAACAACGAGGGACCUUUUUUUGGAAACCAGAGACAUGAGAAAGCUGUAUUCAGUGGCCACGAUAUAUGAUAAAACCCAGUCUCUGUAUCAUUUGUGAAGAUGAAGUUACUGUGAGGAAGAGAGAGGGCAGGAGAAAAAUGAAUAGGAAAAGCAGGUGGACACAGCUUUAUGUAAUGGGAGCCUGUUACAGAGGAACUGGCUCCCACCUUUGCCCCAGAACACAGCACACAGGUUUCCACUUAUUUAGCCUAUACAGUGUAACACAGAAAAAUCUAAUUUCAAUCUGAGGAUUAAUUUCCAUCUCUUUGUUGAAUGAUCUGGAAAUAAAUCCAUUCCUCAAGCAGCGAAGAGUUCCCAGAGCAAUCAGGGAAGACAGUGGGUGUGAAUUAUGCAGGAGGUGGGUGUGCUUGUACUUUUGCUGGAAAUGUGUGUUGCUUUAAUACUCCAGGCCCCGGGCUGUAAAGCUAAUUGCCAGCAAGCAGCGGUGUGGUGUAUUCAUUUAUUUCCUUUUACUCUCCUCCCAGGAAUUUGAUGCAGCCUUAUAAAAAAAUGUA